AGCGAAAGCAUGCCAUUUCGAACGAACAAGCCGUCUCCCUUUUCCAAUCUCCCUUCCUGCGAUAUUUGGACGAACUCCGUCGGACAAGCAUUGCAACCAUGGCGGAACACAACAUUGUUGUUUUUGCGGGCGACCACUGUGGCCCAGAGGUCAUUGCUGAGGCAAUCAAGGUCAUCAAGACGGUCGAGGAGCUGAGCCCGACUGCUGGCAAAUUCAAUCUGCAGGACCACCUGCUCGGAGGGUGCUCCAUCGACCAGACCGGCACCCCCCUCACAGACAAGGCCCUCGCCGCCGCCAAAGCCGCCGACGCCGUGCUCCUCGGCGCCAUCGGCGGCCCUGAAUGGGGCACCGGCGCCGUCCGCCCGGAGCAGGGCCUCCUAAGGCUACGCAGUGAGAUGGGAGCCUAUGGAAACCUCCGCCCCUGCUUCUUCGCGUCCGACGCCCUCGUCGAGUCCUCCCCCCUUAAGGCGUCCGUCUGCCGCGGCAUCGACAUGAUGUUGGUCCGGGAGUUGACCUCAGGCAUAUAUUUCGGAGAGCGAAAAGAGUACGAUGGGCAUAAUGCGCUCGACACGACUGUUUACACGAAACCGGAAAUCGAGCGUAUCGCGCGAAUGGGCGGCUACCUGGCCAGGACGAGGGGAGACUCGCGGGUCAUCUCGCUAGACAAGGCAAACGUGCUGGCGACAAGCAGACUCUGGCGUAGUGUGGUUGAGGAGGUCUUUAAAAACGAGUUUCCUGAUAUCAAGGUCGAGCAUCAGCUUAUUGACAGCGCGGCCAUGAUCAUGGUCAAGAACCCGAGGCAGCUGAAUGGCGUCAUGAUAGCGCCCAACUUGGCAGGGGAUAUUCUCAGCGACGAGGCGAGCGCCAUAGCUGGAAGCAUAGGGCUCCUCCCGAGCGCGAGUCUCUGCGGGAUUCCGGGCUCUGCAGUGCCUUCUAUCUGUGAACCGAUUCAUGGUAGCGCGCCGGACAUAUCAGGGAAAGGGAUUGUCGUGCGUCAAGACCCCCUGUUUUCGGACGAUUCCUGUCCAUUCGCUGCAAGUACAGAGCUGACAUCAUUUCCAGAAUCCCAUUGGCACCAUCCUUUCCGUGGCCAUGAUGUUCCGGUACUCUCUGAACCUCGCCCACGAGGCUAAAAUCGUCGAGGACGCGGUCCGCGCCGCCAUCGACGCCGGGCUGAGAACCAAGGACAUGGGCGGCAGCACGGGCACUGCAGAAGCAGGAGAUGCCAUCGUUGCUGAGCUGGUCAAGAUUCUCAAGGCGUGACAUGUCUCACGCGAAAAGGAGAAUUGGACAGAGAGGGUUGAAAGGGGAAAAUAGGGGUGGAAGAUUUGAAGAAAAUAGAAGUGGUGGAGAAAAACAGACAGACGGUCGCCCGGCUAUCAUACAGUGGCGGCGGGCUAAUAAUGGUGGCAAGGGCGGCAAGGGCGCCUCAUCCGAUCGGGGAUGCCACCUUUCCCCGUGGGAGCAACAGCUAUUCCAUCUUACAAUAUGUAACGGGAGACGCCUGCCAUGUUGGUUACAAACCGUAUUGAGUGCAUACCAAGUACGUUAGUACGAAGAAGAAAAAAGCGCCCAUGGGUUUUAUCCCCGAUUGCGGAUGCCCGAAAAAUACGUGGCGGGGUGCGCGCGCGCGAAGAGCAAGCCACCAAUCUAAUAAGACGGCGAG